CUCAGCUCACCUUCACGUGAGGAAAAUGACUCCUGUGUGGCGGUCUGUGAGGGAAGCCUUAUGGGCCAUGUGUGCAGCCGACGCCAUGUCAAUGCCUGUCCACUGGUACUACGACAUCCAUGACAUCAGGCGAGACUUUGGUGGUUGGAUAUCCGGCUUCAAUUCGCCCAGAAGCAAACACCCGAGCAGCAUCCUCCGCCUUUCCAGCACCACUGGUAGCGGCCGCACUUCGUGCUUGUCGACUGCCAAUCAAGAGGAGGUGGUUGGUAACGUCAUUCUUCAUGACAAAUUGCCAUUUUGGAAAUCCUCUAGUGGAUCCCCUCAUUAUCACCAAGGAAUGAAGGCAGGUGACAACACGCUCAAUGUCCUGUGUGCCCUCCGAGCCGCUCAAACGCUCGCCAGCGCUGGAUAUGCGGACAUCUCUCUUCCUGAAGCUCGGGCUGCCGUGCUGGUGGAUUACAUUCAGUUCUUGACCACACCUGGCAUGCACAGCGACACAUAUGCCGAGUCUUUCCACCGAUCAUUCUUUUCGGACUGGCAGGACAGCAGGCCAACAUCAAGCCGGGAUGUUCUGGUGUUUGCGGAAAGACGUUCAAGGCGGAAGCUAAGCGCCUCGUUCCACGACAGCCAGCUGGAUGCUAUCGGUUGUUUGCCCAUGACUCUGCCCUUCAUUCUUCUCUCAGCCUCAAGCAGUGAGGAGGAAGCUGUUUCUGCUGCAGUUGAGUUUGUGAAGCUCUCCCACCCCCACCCCGGUGUGCCUGAGUACGUGUCCAUCUACAGCAGGGCAUUGCACGCCGUGCUGGGUGGUGCCAGCGUCUGCCAGCAGGCUGAAGGCGCUCUCAGGACGCUGGGAGUGUGGGACACCUGCAAGAAGUACAGUCAACAGGCCGCCAGCUUCCCUGAGUCGUCUGAACAACGCCUGCGGGUUCAUCAGAGAGCUGUCAGUCACCUCGGCCUUGCUUGCUACACCAAAGGAGCACUUUCCAGCAUGUUCUACCUCGCCCACCAGUUUCACGACAACCCCACAGCAGGAAUCCUGGCCAACACCAAUUGUGGAGGGGAAAACUGUAACCGUGGGUCAGCAUUGGGCGCCCUGCUAGGGGCAGGUGGAUCAUACACCAAUGCAACUAUCCCUCAGGACUGGAAGGACAAGUUGACGGACGGCCAGGACUAUAUUCCCAACAUACUGAAGUAUUGCAGCACUGACUGAGGAACACCUCAAUGACACCACUACCACUACAGCAGUUUAUUGGAUGACUCACCCUAUGUCUUCUAAUUUACAAAUAUUAAUUUAAAUAUUUUAUUUAAAGGGUUCCCAUUAUGCAAAACCGACUUGUCUUACCUUUUGGUACCUGUAUUUGGGAUCUCCGUAAGUCUAGAAAUUGUGACAUCAAACCAUUUAGGCAUGACGGAGAUAUUUAUAAAACACUCUUGCCUUUUUCCCGUUUCUAUAUGAGUUG